AUGAAAGGCACAGGGCAACACCCAACAGCUGUAGCCGUUUCAUCCACUUGUUCAGCCGCACCGGUUGAAGCGGCAAGCGAAGAAGAUGGCACCUUUGGGUUUCCCUACGACCCUUAUCCUUCCCAGCUGCGUUUCAUGGCUGCUGUGUGGAGGGCCCUGCAGGGGAGCAGCCAGAAGACAAGGUUCGCUGCACUUGAGAUGCCCACAGGAGGAGGCAAAACUUUGUCGUUCCUCUGUCCCUCUGUGUUGUGGCUGAAGCAGCAAGAGGAGCAGCUGCUACUGCAUCAGUUGCAACAGCAGCAGCAGCAUACGCAAGCACAACAAAGGGAGCGGCAGGAUUCGCUGCCAACCAGGAAAAUGGCGACGUGGGUCAAGGCGGCACUGCUGCAACAGCAGCGGCAGCAAGUCCAGCAGUUCCUGCGGGAGAGAAGCAAACGGUUGAAGGAAGCAGCGGUUCGUGCUGAUACAGCGGCAGCAGCAGCAGCUGCUGCUAGCCCUGUGCAGCAGCUGGAGCAGCAGAAAUGUCGAGAUUUACCCCUGGGCUCUAAGCGCCAUGCAGCCGCAACAAGCUUGCAUGAGCACCAGGAGCUGAGAGAGUAUGAUGCAUUUGCGCCUGAGGAGCCUGCUCAGUCCAUAGACUCAGAAGGGACUAGCUCUAGCCAUGAUGCUUGGGGUAUUUCUUCCCAGCAAGGCUUCUCUGACGCCCUCCGCAAGCCGCAAAUAGUAAUAUGCAGCAGGACACACCAGCAGCUGCAGCAGUAUAUUGGUGAAAUUCGGAGGAUGCAUAAGCAGGGAAAGAGGCAGGAAAUAAAGGACUUUGUCGCAAUUGUUGCGGCUGGCAGGCAACAGCUGUGUUUACACCCAGAUGUAUGCGAUGGCGUAAGCAGCAACAGCAGCAGCAGCAACGGCAGCAGUGAUCUGGGGGACAAAUGCUCAUAUCUGGUUUCAAAGGGUCUGUGCAGCUACUACAAAAAGAAGCACUUGGUUUCAGACGCUGCAGUAGCUGCCGCGCUCGACAUAGAAGACCUAAGGCGUAUCGGUAAAUCUGUUGGCGGGUGUCCUUACUACGGGUGUCGAGCAGCAGUAGCGGAAGCAGACGUCGUGUUGCUGCCGUUUUCCCUGGCAUUUCCUGCCAAUGGAAAUAUGGAGGAAAGAGGAGUCGUUUCAUUGGCAGGUUCGGUGUUCUGUGUCGACGAGGCUCACCACCUGUCUGCUGCUCUGAGCAGCAGCAAAUCUGCAGCGCUUUCCCAUCAGACAGCAGCAUCUGCAGCUCGGCUACUCUCAUUGUACGCUAAAAGCUUCACUAAUAGGCUUGCACCGCGCUCUCUCCACCUGCUGCAGCAGCUGUCGAGAUUUGUUGAGACUAUCUACAAACGGUUACAGCCUUUCUGCUGCUGUGGCCAGCAGCAGCAGCCGUCACGACAGCAAUGGCAGCAGCACCAUGUAGUGGACGAUUUACACGCCAGCCCUCCUGUGACAUCGACGCGUAGGGAAGAAGCAGGAACAGCAGAUGCACCGACAGCAGCAAGAGGCGCUGCUGCUGCGGAAAUACGGGCACAUGACGGGGAAACAGUCCUAACCGCGACGGAGUUGCUGCGCCUCUUCAAACUCGAAAGUUUUGACCUCCACGAACUGAUUGCCUUUCUAUCUGACCCCACACGACGCAUCUGCCAAAAACUGAGGGGAUUUGCAAUGUACCAUAACCACAAAUUGCAACAACCGCAGGAAAAGCAGCAACAGACGAAACUGCCGCACUUGCAGAAGCAGAAUAAACAACAGCUUCAUUCGCAACGCCAGUUGCUGGAGCCCUCUUGCCUAUACACAAUUAGAAAUUUUCUCUGCUCACUGCUGGGUAUGGACGCAGCGGAUAGGCUCAUCAUAACGAGUGUACACAAACUUCCAACAGGAGCAACAUCAACAAUGAUGGGACCUCCUGGUGCCGCUGAUGGGACGGUAUCAGAUGGAGCGGAUACAAAGCUUGCCUCUGGCAACGCGUGCUGCUGUUGUAGACUUGAGGUUGUAUGCCUGGCGACUGUCAAGGCAAGUCGUCUGGUGGUAUUGAUGGGAGGAACACUAUCGCCAUUUGAGUCCCUUUCUCGUUUCGUGCGCUGCCUGCCUCCUUCUAGUUCUCUGUUCCUCUCAGCGGACUCCGAUGCAGCAAGAGACAGAGUCCUUGCCCUUCCGAUCUCUAGGCUUUCUUCCUCUUGCUCCGACUUCUGUUUCGAGUUUUCUCAGCGCAUGCAGUUCCCCAUGCAAUUCGUCUCCUUGCUGCGUCUGCUACUUUGUGUCUCUGACAGUGUUUCUGGUGGUGUCGUUGUUUUCUUCCCUUCUUUUGCAACGCUGCAGUUAUUUCUAGCUGUUGCCGGCGUUUCUGACGGCAUUGUUGACGGUGAUGCUGCUGCUGCAGCUGCACCAUUGGUAGAAAAGUUAAGGGAACGGGGGCCUCUCUUUGCAGAGAGGCGGACACCUGGUCCCACGAAGACGGAUGCGGGUAUCCGCAUUGCGUACGGAGCUGCCCUCUGGCAGCUCUACAACUCUGCCGUUUUAAGGGGAGACUCAGCAGGAGUGGUGCGUGACGCAGAAAGUAUAAAGUGUACGAGAAAUUUGAAAUCCGUAUGCGGCGACAGAAGCAGUCCUCUUUGGCAAGACGAGAGGUGCAAAGCAACAUGCGUCCGAGCUAGGACCCAAACAUCGAAUACGGUAUUCUUGUUUUGCGUGAUGGGAGGCCGACUUAGUGAAGGAGUGAACUUCUCCAAUGCUCUCGCACGCCUUCUAGUAGUGGUUGGCAUGCCAUUCCCUUCUAUUAAAGAUAAAGUAUUCUUGUUACACAAACAGCAUUAUAAUGAAAUUAUGACAGCUCAGCAGGCUACGGGAGAUGAAGCUGAAGAUGCAGGCUGGGUUUCAUGUUGCGGGCGGGCAGAUGCUAAGCAGCUUAAUCAGCAGCAAAAGGAGAAGCAGUGCAUUGACUAUGGUUUGUUGCAAUGCAUGAUCACUGUCAACCAGACAAUAGGCCGCGCCAUUCGCCACAGCAAGGACUACGCAGCGAUAUUGCUUGUCGAUAAGAGGUACAGCCUUGCCCGUGUACAGCAACUGCUACCACGGUGGCUUUUGCAAAAUCUUGACACAAGCUCUGCAGAGGAUGAGAAACAGCGAGUUCAUCUCAGUGUCCCCACAGUCAGCCGUGAAGAAGAAGACAUUGGUGAAGCAAUCAACCGGCGUCUGCAAUGCUUCUUUGGUCCCUUGGAAAGAACAGAGCUUGAAGCCCCAAAGUAG